CACCCCCACCCCCACCCCCACCCCGCGGAGGGCGGGGGCGCAUCCCCGGGCGGGCGGGCGGGAGCCGAGCCCGAUGGCCUCGGGGCUCCACGUAGGAGCUGGCUCCGGCUGUCCGCUGCGGUCAGGGCGGCCGUAUAAAUAGGGCGGGAGACCCGGGCGCCGAGGACUUCCCGCUGCUGCCCGGUGCCCCGCCGUCGUCGUCGUCGUCGCCGUCCAGGUCCUCCUGCCGCCCCCAGCCCGGCCCCAGGCGUCCCGGCCAUGGCCGGCCCGGUGCUCCUGCUCAGCCUCGGCCUCCUGGCCGGCCUGCUGCCCGCGCUGGCCGCCUGCCCCCCGAGCUGCCACUGCCACGGCGACCUGCAGCACGUCAUCUGCGACAAGGUGGGCCUGCAGAAGGUGCCCAAGGUCUCGGAGAAGACCAAGCUGCUCAACCUCCAGCGCAACAGCUUCCCCGUGCUGGCCGCCAACGCCUUCCGGGGCCUGCCCGGCCUGGUGUCGCUGCACCUGCAGCACUGCCAGAUCCGCGAGGUGGCCGCCGGGGCCUUCCGGGGCCUCAAGCAGCUCAUCUACCUGUACCUGUCCCACAACGACAUCCGCGUGCUGCGCGCCGGCGCCUUCGACGACCUGACCGAGCUCACCUACCUCUACCUGGACCACAACAAGGUCACCGAGCUGCCCCGGGGGCUGCUGUCCCCGCUAGUCAACCUCUUCAUCCUGCAGCUCAACAACAACAAGAUCCGCGAGCUGCGGGCCGGGGCCUUCCAGGGCGCCAAGGACCUGCGCUGGCUCUACCUGUCCGAGAACGCGCUCAGCGCCCUGCAGCCGGGGGCCCUGGACGACGUGGAGAACCUGGCCAAGUUCCACCUGGACAGGAACCAGCUGUCCAGCUACCCCGCCGCAGCCCUGAGCAAGCUGCGCGUGGUGGAGGAGCUGAAGCUGUCCCACAACCCGCUCCGGAGCAUCCCCGACGGCGCCUUCCAGUCCUUCGGCCGCUACCUGGAGACGCUCUGGCUGGACAGCACCAGCCUGGACAAGAUUUCCGACGGUGCCUUCCUGGGGGUGACCACGCUGAAGAACGUCCACCUGGAGAACAACCGCCUGACCCAGCUGCCCUCCAACUUCCCCUUCGACAACCUGGAGUCACUCACUCUCACCAACAACCCCUGGAAGUGUACCUGCCAGCUCCGGGGCCUCCGGAGGUGGCUGGAAGCCAAGCCUUCCCGCCCCGAUGCCACUUGUGCCUCACCUGCCAAGUUCAAGGGCCAGCACCUCCGCAACACGGACGCCUUCCGCAGCUGCAAGUCCCCCACUAAGAGGUCCAAGAAAGCCGGCCGCCACUGAACAGGUCCUGACCCGGCCAGUCCCGGCGACUGGUCUCUGCCUUCUGCUGGAGAAACUACUGACCGCCCACCUCUGACCCCGCCUUCUCCCACAGCCUCUGCUGACGCACAGAGCUGGCCUCCCCUGGAUGCGUCCCGGCAGGGGGCUCGGCAUCCAGCGUGAACCCAGCUCCGCCAUCUCUGCCUGACAGCGAGGGCUCCAUCACACCGGCUCCUCUCAGAGAAGUGGCUGCCGAGACCCUCAAGACCUUCAGAACCAGCACUGGGUGGCCAUCAGGAUGGCCGCCCUUCCGGAACCCUCCUUCCACUGUCCUCUCCCCUUUCCCUUCCGUUUGGAAACAAACAUCAGAUCCUUGCCCCGCCCCCUUGUGUCCAGAAAGGGUCUUGAGCCCAUAUGCCAACUCCGCCAGCCCCUGCUGCCAGGACGCUCCAGCAGGACGCUGGUGCUUUGCCAAACCGCCCCCUGCUGCGUCUCUCCCGGUUCCCAUGAGUAAAAACGUAUGUAUGUCUGAUA